UUUGUAUUUCUCCUGCUUUCUUCCUCUCUUCCUUUACUUUUGAGAGAAACCACAUUUCCGCUCCUGGCCAAAGAGACCUUGGAGGCUGCUGAGGAGAUAAAGGUGUUGGGACCGCUGUGACUUGCACCGCCCCCUCUUCCUCACCCUUAAGUUCCCCCCCUCCUCGGGAGACUUUUUUUUCUCCUUCGGGCGCUCUCUCUCUCUCUCUCUCUGCUUUGACGUGUCUGCGCUUCCCCUCUGACCUGGCCUAGAAAAGACUCAGCCCCUGAGAGAUGCUCUAGAAGUCAGCGCCCCAGAGCCCUGAGAGGCGGGAGGAUUCAGUUGGCACAGCCGGCUCAGCUGGACGGAGCAGAAAGAUGGGCUCCUAUGGACGGGGAUUCACGCUGGGAUGCUGCCUGCUGCUCGCCAUUGCCUGGGGCCCAGCCCUGAGCCUUGUGCCCCGGGGUCAGCAGGAACAGCUGGAGUGGGAAGAGAAAGAGGAGCUGCCACCUCCUCUGGACCAUGAGAAGAGGGAUGAAGAAACACAUGAGAAGCAUACCCCCAGCCAGGGCAAAGACCUCCCCACGUCCAGGUGCUACCGAUGCUGUGACCCUGGCACGCCUGUCUACCAGACAAUCCCACCACCCCAAAUCAACAUCACCAUCCUGAAAGGUGAGAAAGGUGACCGAGGGGAUCGAGGCCUCCAGGGGAAAUAUGGUAAAACAGGUUCUACGGGUGCCAGGGGCCAUAUUGGUCCCAAAGGGCAGAAGGGGUCCAUGGGGGCUCCUGGAGACCGCUGCAAGAGCCAUUAUGCAGCCUUCUCCGUGGGCCGGAAGAAGCCCCUGCACAGUAACGACUACUUCCAGCCCGUGGUCUUUGACACGCAGUUUGUGAACCUCUACGAACACUUCAAUAUGUUCACUGGCAAGUUCUACUGCUACGUGCCAGGCAUCUACUUCUUCAGCCUCAACGUACACACUUGGAACCAGAAGGAGACGUACCUGCACGUCAUGAAGAACGAGGAGGAGGUGGUGAUCCUGUAUGCGCAGGUGAGCGACCGGAGCAUCAUGCAGAGUCAGAGCCUGAUGCUGGAGCUGCGGGAGCAGGAUGAGGUGUGGGUGCGUCUCUUCAAGGGCGAGCGGGAGAACGCCAUCUUCAGCGAUGAGUUCGACACCUACAUCACCUUCAGUGGCUACCUGGUCAAGCCAGCCUUCGAGCCCUAGCCGCCACCCUCCGCAGGACUGUCCCAGACUGAUGACCUCCUGGCCUGUCACCCCUGCCCAUCCCUGUAUUCUGUGGACACUGGAGCCCUGCCCCAGGAUGAUCCCAUUGCCUCUCCUCUCCAUCCUGGCCUCUUUGGCCUCGGUUUUCUCAGUUUUGUUUUUUUUGACAAGAUGCCCAUGGCCGCUGGGAAGCCCAAAGGGCCGUGUGAUUCCAGGUCUGGCUGCUGCUCUCCAUAGAUGAAAUCAUUGGGCGGGGUGCCUGUGAGGACGUUGGGGGACCUCCAGCUCCUGUGUACAAAGCCUUAGACGACCCUGUGGUGUGUGUGUUGUGGCCACAGGGUGCUCCAGAGCAUAGCCCCUGUGUGUUCCCAUUCCUGGACGUAAUUAAGUAAAUGCCAUGGGUUUAAAAGCAACAAAGUAAAACAGAGAAGAGACAGGAAAGCAGUGUUAGUUUUGGCCUUUCAGCCAGCUGGCUCUGAGAGAGAGAGAGAGAGAGAGAGAGAGAGAGAGAGAGAGAGAGAGAGAAUAUGGAUCUAAAGAAUCCAUUGGAUGGAUCCAAGGAUGACAAUGAAGGAGCCCUCUAUUAGGCCAUGCGUGAGCUUUCUUGGGGACAGCAGGACUGACCUCCAAACUCUGUGGAAUUGCUGCAGUCUUGUCCAGGGGCCUGUCAGUCUUUCUGAGCCACAAUAGUGAAAGGGUGAGGGCAGGGCAACAAAUGUUAGCUCCCAAGAGGGGCAGCAGGCCCACUGUUCUUGACUCCGAACUGGGGGCAGUAUCUGGCUUGCUCCAACUCACAGGCUCCUGGCCAGUGGCUGGGGACCUCAGGGAUUCCUGUACCUGCAGAUUUCUCUAUAAGAAGGAAAGCUCCUAGCGUACCCCAGCACCCCUCGGCUUUCCUUCACUUCCCUGAGCUGCUCUGGAACCCCAGCAGGUUGGCCCCCUGCUUGUUGUGGGACCAGUUCCCCAUUUCUCCUUCCAGAUGGAUCAGCCAUGGAAGGAAGCAGGCCUUUGAUUUGGGGUCCAUCUAGCUGCCCCUCAGCAGCCUGUGUCCCAUCUUCUCGCUGGUUCAGUGUCCUGUCUGGGUGCUUGAUACGUUAGCCUGCAGGAGCUGAUGAGUCUGACAGGAUACCUAGCCUGACACAGCUCUAGCCAACCUAUGGCAAUGUGGUCCUGGAGCUGGGGAGAACCAAACAAAGCUAGAGAGUACAUCCUACCUAUGUCUGGGUCACUUCUGAUGUGGUAGAAGAGGAAACAUGAAAUUCAUAUCCUGCUACCAGACUCAGGGACGGCUUCAGGGCUGAUUCUCAGAUCUCAGAGAACCUGUGUCCUUUGCCCAUCUCGGCCCGUGUUGAUGACCAGGGCCUGGGUACUGGCUAUUUUGUGCCAAUCAAGUUUUGUUUGCUGCUGCCUGCUGGCCCUGGGCGUCUGACUGUUGGGGCUCAGUGUUUGCAGAGACCACCUCUGAAGGGGCUUCUGCAAGCCAGGUCCCCUGGGUGUGCCUGCAGCAGACGCCCACUGCCACCUGGGCUUUGCCCUGCUCUGUCCAGAAAACAUUAAACUUGCCUUGGCGACCUACAGGAAGCUGACCUCUUUGCUCACUGGAUAGUCUUCCUCCUUCCCUCAUCCUAUCUAGUAGCCACUUUCUGCCUUUUAAAGGCCAAUUGCGUUCUUGGCUUUGUACUCAGGGCCCAAAUCGCCAGUUCCUACCAGGGAGACGUGGAUUUCCUGAGUAUGGUUCAGUAGCUGUUUGGUGUGUGGACGGGGUCUGGGGACUCACGGAUAGUGACAGGACAUAGUUUGUUCUUCUGUGCUGGAGUGUGGGGCCCUGGGACUAGCAGAGCGGGUAGCCCCCUGGUCUGCACUGCAGCCUGGACAUCUGUAUGACCGUCCUGGGGCUGUGGCAUGAAAAUCCAGAAACCAACCAGGUGCCUUCAAACAGACAAAUCUCUGGAGGUCAGAGUUCAAAAUCCAGGUGCGAGCAAGUAACAACGUAGUGCUCCUAGCAAGAGUGGGGAAGGGCACUUCCGGCCACCUGUGACUGCAGGCAUUCCUUGCCUGGAGGGAGGAACCAUAUCAGCCUUCCUGCCCUGACUCCAAGUGACCUGCUUCCCACAGCGCCUUUCAAGAACACUUAGGGAUGCAUUUAGGGUCUCCCCUAAAUUUCGGAUUCAUGCUCAAGAUUUAACUUAAACACACCUGCUAAGGGAUUUGUGAAUGGACAUACUGACAGGCUCCAGAGGUCAGGGUGUCUGUGUGUGUUUUGGGGAUCACAGUGAAGCUUGUGACGGCUCAUGGGCUUGGACGCUGUUGACAGCCCCUCUCUGGCCCCGCAGUGGAGGGUAGGCACUUCUUCUUUCUGCUGGCCAACAAGGUUGGCAGGCAGCCCUCCUUUCCACCUACUGGCAGCUGGCUUGGAAGCUAGAAUCAGCAGCUUGGCAAACAGCUGGUCUUCUGACUUUGCCUGGUGCUGGGAGCCCAUGUGGCCACGCUGGUGCUGGGAGCCCAUGUGGCCAUGCCCAGUCUUGGGAUGGGGCCAAAACGGAGCAGGUGGACAGGGCCCUGAUCAAAAAGCGAGAUCCCUUCUCCACAGUGUGGAGGCUGCUGGACAGAGACAGGCCCUGCUGGUGCCUGGAAGUGGGACCCGGUGCUUUUCCCAAAGGGGCAUGGAAGGAAUGUGUUGGCCUUAGUCAAGGGCCACUGGCUGCCUGCUCCCCUGUCCUGUGGCCUGGGUACAGGCAAUCUACAGUUGUCCUGGCCACCGUGGGGAAGAAGGCAGCAUUUGCUUUGGGGCCCGUCUGAUUCUUCUCCCUAUCCGCCCCGCCCCGCUUUUUCCUUUUCUAAGAAGGGUAUCAUGUG